AUGGCGGAGACUGCAGUAGGCUUUGCUAUCGACCGCAUGGUCUCAUUGCUGACCAAUGAAACCAGCUUGUUGAGAGAUGUUCAUUCAGAAGUUGAAAGCAUCAAACAUGAACUAGAGGCCAUACAGUGUUUCCUCAAGGACGCAGAUAUGAAGGCAGAUCUAGAAUACUCUCAAGGAGAUCAUCAAACAACUAGAGAUGGUGUUAAAGCUUGGGUGAAGCAACUGACAGAAAUUGCAUUUCAGAUAGAAGAUGUCAUUGAUGAAUACACUUUCCACUUGGAGCAACAUCCAGGCGGCCGCAGGGCUCGUGGCUUCAUUGCUUCCCUCUGUAAAAUUGGUCGAUCAAUCAUCAAACUUAAACCACGCCAUAAUAUUGCAUCUUGCAUACAAGAGAUCAAAAAAGCUGUUGUUGAAAUCAAGGAAAGAAGUGCAAGGUACGGCUUUGAUUCAAUUGAAAAAGGAACUACAAAUGCUGACAAUCCUUCUCAAUAUGUUUCAGGGUACGAUCCUCGAAAAGGAUCCAUGUACCUUGAGGAUGAUGAUCUUGUGGGGAUUGAGUCUCCAAGAGAUGAAUUGGUUGGUUGGUUGUUAAAUAAUGAUCAACAAACUCAACGAGCUAUAAUUUCAGUGGUGGGGAUGGGGGGACUAGGCAAGACAACUCUUGCCAGAAAGGUCUAUGAUUUAGUUAAAAAUGAUUUUGAUUGCCAUGCUUGGAUAGCAGUGUCUCAACCAUACCAGAAGGAGGGACUAUUAAAGAAGAUCAUAAAGCAGUUUUGCAAAGGAAACAAGGAACCUGCUUCUCAAGGAAUUGACUCAAUGGAUGAAGAGGCACUGACAGAGAAAGUGAGACAAUAUUUGCAGAAAAAGAGGUACGCUGUUUUUUUCGAUGAUGUUUGGAAAGUAGGUUUUUGGGGUGAUAUAGAACAUGCUUUACUUGAUAAUAAAAUUGGUGGGAGGAUAGUGAUCACAACACGAAGUAAGGAGGUUGGAGACUUCUGCAAAAUUUCACCCUCUGUUUAUGACCUUGAGCUUAAGCCUUUGGAUCCCGAAAAGGCUUAUGAACUAUUUUGCAAAAGGGCUUUUCGAGUUGAAUUUGGAGGACGUUGUCCCCCCAGCUUAAAUGAUUUGUCAAGGAAAAUUGUCAAAAAAUGCGGCGGACUGCCACUUGCAAUUGUAGCCAUAGCUGGUCUUUUAUCCACAAAAGACAGGACCGUAUAUGAAUGGGAUAAAUUGCAUUCUAGCCUCAGUUCAGAGUUGGAGAGUAAUCCCCAUCUCACUAGCAUAAAAAGAAUCUUAUUGCUCAGUUAUUAUGAUCUACCAUACUACCUCAAAUGUUGUUUCUUGUACUUUGGCAUGUAUCCAGAGGACUAUUCUAUCAAGCUUUCAAGGUUACUUCGGCAAUGGAUUGCAGAGGGUUUCAUAAAAUCGAAGAAAGAUAAAACAUUGGAAGGUGUUGCACAUCAAUACUUGUCUGAGCUAAUCCAUAGAAGUCUAGUUCAGAUAUCGGAUGUUCAUUUCUUGAGGGGAACUUGUAAAGCUUGCCGCGUCCAUGAUCUUCUACAUGAGGUUAUUCUAAAAAAAAUGGAGGACUUAAUUUUUUGUCGCGUUUUAUCUGGAAAUGAUCAAUCGACUUUAAGAGGAGAUCAACUAGUUACUCGGCGGCUAUCAAUCAUCAACAGUUCAAGUAUUAAUGUUCUCCACAACAUUGAUCAGAGUUUUCAAGUUCGCAGCAUUUUAAAUUUCAAAUUCAGUGAUAGAAUAUUUGCCAAUUCUAUUUUGAGCACACACACAAAGAAUUUCAAACUUCUAAAAUUAUUAGAUUUUGAAGAUAGUGCGUUGGAUUACAUUCAUGAAGAUAUUGGCAACCUCUUCCAUUUAAGAUAUCAUAGUCUCCGUAACACAAAAGUGAAGAUGCUUCCAAAGUCCAUAGGGAAAUUGGUAAACCUUGAGACUUUGGAUAUAAGGGACUCAUUUGUAGUUGAGAUACCAGCUGAGAUCGAAAGGCUUAGUAAGCUCCGAUACCUUUUGGCAUACAGUAGAUACGAUUUCAAUAUUGAUAGCAUUCAAUUUAAUCUAUCUACUGUAAGAGGAAUGAAGGUACACGAAGGGAUAGGUUGCUUAGGAGCAUUGCAAAAGUUAUCACUUCUGGAUGCAAGUAAAAUGGGGGUUGACAUAAUAAAAGAGUUGGGAAAGUUGACACACUUGAAAAUCUUGGAAAUCUUUAAGCUCAAAAGUGAAGAUGGAAAGAUACUAUUCGAAUGCAUCGCGAAGAUGAACCACUUGGAAUCUUUGAAUGUGACUACAAUCAGUGGAGAUGAUAUUAUUCAUAUUGAAUUCCUCUCAUCCUUACCACAAUCUCUUCGGAGCCUCUCUUUAACUGGUCCUUUAAGUAAGUUGCCAGAAUGGAUAUCACAGCUUCAGAAUCUAGUCAACUUAACACUGGUGUUAACAAAACUGGAGGAUGAUCCAGUGAAAACCUUUAGAAAUCUGCACAACCUGUUAAUGCUGAGGAUGCUAUAUGAUGCUUAUAAUGGUGAGAAAUUGCAGUUUGAGGAAGGUGUUUUUUCAAGGCUGAAGCUGCUCAGCGCCAUGCAUUUGAGUAAAUUGAAUUCGAUUGUGAUAGAGGAAGGAGCAUUGCCUAUCCUUGAAAAACUUAUAAUCGGGCCCAGCCCAAAACUGGAGAUCAUCAAUGGUCGAAUAUAUGUUGUUCAAUCCGAUCAUCAUAGAUACAACGAAGAUUAA